AUGUUAGCGAGUACGCUGGCGUUGCUUGUCAAGACUGUGGCUCUUGCACUUACCCAAUCGAAGGCUUUUGCUGUGAAUGUCCACUGGAGUGGGCAGGCGUGCUAUGUCAAAUGCUUGAGAUGAAUACGAGAUCCACUACGCGACAACCAGCAAUAAUGAUGACGCUGAAAUGUCAUAGCCGGAGGACUGACAGAAAAUUGCACUGACUUCAACUUGUAAUUUAAUUAAUUAAUUUAUUUUGCAUAGUUUGCAAAUAAAUUUGGAAAGUAUGAUUUCAUUUAAUUUAGAUGCAUAUAUUUACAAUAAAAUGUGUCACUUCGGCUGGCACAAAGCUGUCUACAUAAU